AUGAACACAACAACACAAAAAACGUCAUGCAAUUUAAAGUUAGUUCUUAAUCACUUUGAUGACAAUAAUAUAAUGGAACGAUUGUUUUUUUUUCAGUUUCGAUUCCGCAUCUCUUAUUAAAAAUCGACUAUCUGAUGAUCUCCUUUCACAAGUCGCUGCUUGCGGAUCCUUGAGAUCAUCGUCUUGUCGUUCUGCAGUUUGGCGAUUAUUACUCAGAUGUUUGCCAUAUGAAACAGCCGAUUGGGAAACAACAUUAUCACGAAGCCGGAAUGAAUACCGAAACUUGAAAAAAAAGAAUUUGAUCGAUCCCAGAGAUGAAAAGUUUUCACAAGAUCCACAAUUCAAUAAUCCCUUGGCACCAAUAGAACAUGUUUGUGUUAUGAAAAUUUAUCUAUUUUUAAAAAUUAUAUUUUUUUUCAGAAUCCAUGGACCGCGUUUUUCGAAGACAAUGAACUCCGGGAUAUAAUCGGAAAAGAUGUAUCAAGAACAUUUCCCGAAAUCGAAUUUUUCCAAUCAGAUUUUAUCCAUAAAAUAAUGUCAGAUAUAUUGUUAGUCUAUGCCAAAGAAAAUCCAUUCAUCAAUUAUCGACAAGGAAUGCAUGAAAUAUUAGCUCCAUUGAUUUUUGUGAUUUUUUCCGACGUAGAAGCUCAUGAACAUGCAAAAGAAAACGAUGAAUUGAAAACAUUGACGCUACAAGAAGAAGAUUUAUUGAACUGUUUAUUUGACAAACAAUUCAUUGAAAAUGAUAGCUAGUGAGUUAUUUAUUUUUAAGUUUCGAGGAAUAAAAAUAACACUUUUCAGCAUUUUAUUCUCUGCAUUCAUGCUUGAAGUUGCAAAAUGGUAUGAAGAUACUACAUCAAACAAUGACGAUGAAAUAGCAAAACCUAGGAAAGAACCUUUUAUGAGAGUUCAGGAUUCAACUGGAACAACCAGAUUAAUGGAAGAUUUAUUGGAUGUUGGUCAGCUUUUACAAGAAAUCGAUCCAACUCUUGCGAAGCAUUUGAACUCCUUGGAUAUUCCUCCACAAUUAUAUGGAAUGUAGGUUUAUUCUCUGAGCCUUACCGUAUCUUUUUAACGGUAUACUUUUCUGGACUGAACAUUUAGAAAUAGUAACCCUUUUCAUUCUAUUUUUCAAGUCGUUGGCUACGUUUGUUAUUUGGUCGAGAAUUACCAUUGCACGAUUUGCUGUUUCUUUGGGAUGUUCUAUUAAUUGAUCGACCGAUUGGACCAUUAGUAAAAUGUGUAUUUGUCUCUCUAUUAGUUCAAAUCCGUCAUCUUUGUAUGUGAUUGAUUACCUAGUAAUAUUUAUAUUUCAAUUGUUAUUUUCAGUAUUAUCAUCUGAUUAUGGUGGUUGCUUACAAUAUUUGAUGAGAUAUCCACCGAUUGCUGAUAUUGAUUCAUUUGUAAAAUUAGCUAGGCAUUAUCGAAAUCCAAAAAAGAACGCGAAACCAAAUAUCAAAUCGAACAAUUUCACUCAUAUCACUGUUACGGGACAAAGUCAUCCAAAUCAAGCGCGUUCAAGUCGACCAACUUCAAAACCAACUUCUUCUUCAAAACAUCAAGAUCCAUCUAUUUUGACUAGACUGGAACAAGUGAAAAAUACAAUUCGUGAUCGAUCAAACACCGUGUCUGUUCCGAAUUCCCCAAGAAAAGAGGCAAAAUCAUCAGAUAAUUGGAGUCGAGAAGUGCAAUUAAUGGAAGAACAAGUAUCAUGUCUGCAAUUGAAAUUGAAUGAAAAAGAUUUAGUAUGUUCUCAAGUUGCAACAGCUAUUGGUUAGUUUUUUGUUUUGAAAAAUUUCUUCAAAAAUCAAUACAUUUUCAGAACAAGUGGCUGACAAUGUUCGUGAAGCUCGUAGUGUUGAACAAUGUGAAAGACUUGCUGCCAAACUUAUCGAUUUGAGCAAAAUUCUCAGAUCCAAGAAAAAUCCCGAAUCUUUAACCAAUAAUCGCAAUAACCAAAGUCAUCAACUCAGACCAAGAGUAAGCCUUUCCCCAUUUUCCCAACAAAAAAUCUUAAUUUUUCAGUCCCGUGACCAAAUAAGCCAUAACAAUGAGAUGGUUGAUCUAACAAGACGUCAUCCAAAAAUGUAA